CAGCAGGGUCCUGUUCGCAUUAUCUGCACAACUCUACAGUUACAAGCGUACAUACGCGUUCCCGGUAGUAAUUUUGCAGCUGUUGUCCAGUAGGCGAACGCGAUGGGCCCUCUUUCGAUCGUGUCCCUGACCUUCAUGAGCUGCAUUGUUCUGUUAAUUGCCGAGCAGCCUUUCAAUCACUGCACAUGUCGAGGGAGAGUCUUAAAUUGCCGUCGUCGGUCCUUCUACAGGUACAGAAUCGGAAACAAAGAGGAUGCGACUGCAAGCCCCCAGGAGGGCGCAACUCCUAAUGGGUCGGUGCCUCGCCUCGACGUGCAAACAAUCUGCCCCGGCGCCACCGACGUGCAAUUAAGCAACCUGAACCUCCGGGCGUUUCCUGGCGGUUUGGACGAGGAGAACAUCACCAAAAUUGACUUGUCCGACAACCUGAUAACCGCGCUGCCCGACGCGGGGAUGUUGGGUCCCGACGUGAAGAGGUUGGAUCUGUCGGCGAACGCCAUCGAGGGGCCGGGGGCGGAGGCGGGGACGCAGCUCCGGCCGCUGGAGGAGCUCCUCCUGGGGUGGAACCGUCUGCGCCACCUGAGCUUCCUGCCCGCGCCCUGCGGGCUGCGCCGCCUGCAGCUCACAGUCAACUUCAUCGACCGUCUGGACGGGGGCUGGCUGCGCCGCUGCGCGCGCCUGGAGUCCCUGACGCUCCUGGCCAACAACGUGUCUGCGCUGCCGGCCGGCGCGUUCGCGGGGCUCGGCCACCUGCGCGAACUCACGCUCUCCAAGAACCCCGUUCAGGAGCUCAGCGACAGGGCAUUUGACGGUCUAUCUCAACUGGAAUCACUGAGAAUGGAAAAUACUCGAUUAGCAACUUUGCCUAACAAUGCCUUCGCGUCCUUGAGGCACCUCGACCUCCUCGGGCUUUCUGACAAUCCUUUUGCUAGUCUACCUCCUCAUGCUUUUAGGGGACUAGUAAAUCUUCGCUCACUGGACCUGAACAACGCGCUUCACAAUGUAACUCUGAACGAGAACCUGUUCGCGGAGCUUCGCAACCUCCGGAAACUAUUCCUCGAUCGUAACAGCCUCGCUUUCCUACCUAACAAUAUAUUUCACCAACAGAAUCUACUCGAAGAACUUCAUCUCCAAAGUAACCAAAUUUCACAUGUAUCCGAAAACACAUUCACGUCUCUGAGAAACCUCAAAGUUCUCCGUUUGGAUCGCAAUCACUUCGCAGAGAUGCCCGGCAGCAUCAUCUGCAACCUCCCUCUUCUCCAAGAACUCCAGAUGCCUUACAACCGCUUGACGACGCUACCCGAUCUGGCAGGCUGCCAGUCUCUGCGCACGGCCAAUUUCUUCAACAACUCCGUGGCUGCUCCGUCAGAAGCCCUGGUCCGGGCGGCGCUCGCCCGCGGCCCGCGGGACGUGGGCCUGGAGGGGAACCCGGUGCGCGCAUCGUCGCUGCGCUGGGUGCUGCGCGCGGGCGGCGUGGAGGCGUUCGCGCGCGACUGCGCGUGCGGGGGCGUGCGCAGCCGUUCGUCGGGCGCCGAGGUGCGCUUCUGCGUGGUGGCGCCUUGCGGCCCGCCCUCGCCCUUCGUCUCAUGGAUGGAGGCCGUCGCCGCCGCCAACUAAUCACGGCUUCGUGAUGGGUUUUUUUCUCACUCUGGCGAUUUUUUAAACUUUGCAUCAGAGCAACAUCACCUACAUGUAUCUAGAAAGUGAUGAACCGUCUUCACGUUUCGCGUCUUUCUCGAUCCUGCCGCUAGAUGUCGCGGCCGUAUCAAGCAGUGGUUGGUGUAGUCGCGAUCAUGCGACAUCUAGCGGCAC